UCUGAUAAGCCUGUUGGAGAGAAAGUAGGAUGGAUGCAGGGAGUCCAAGAGGAGGGAGGGAAUGAGAGACAGCACUGGGGACUCAAUCAGAUGGGCUGGUACAAAGGGGAGGGCAAACAGAAAGAAGUUUGACAUACUUAAGACAAAGAACACAGCAACUGUUAGUGAAGUUGUUGCCACUGAUGGAGGAGCAUUUCUGUGCUACGACUUCAUCCCAACAGCAUAGGAAUUUGAUGUUGAAUGUGUAAAAGAAAACAUCCCUCUAGACCUAAUCAGCUACACUGACAAUUCUGGAUAAAGAAGAGAAGAAGCAGCAGGAGACCAGAGCUGCAGGAAGACAACAUACCACCACUAAAUAGAUAAGGAGGGAAACUCCAAAAUCACUACAAGCUCUUUCAACUUCAUGCAAGGAGAGGAGGUGGAAAGUAACCAAGUUCCCAGAGAACAAGUUCAGAGGCUCCGUUAAACCACUGAGCGGACAGAAGAGGACUUCAAAAGAAGUGAGAAAAUCAGCAACAAUCUGGAGGACGAACAGCAAGAGGUCUACCGGGCCCCACAUCACAAUUUCAGUAUGAGUAUGAGUGGUACUCUAGAAAAGGGGGCCCAUCACCAGGCCUUGGACCUGUCCGAGGAACUGCCACCUCAUCAUCACCACAACAGCCACCACCAACAUCUUCACCACUCUAACUCCCUGGCAUCCACCACCGCUGUGGGUGGAGGCAGAGAAACACCUUUACGUGUAGUCGUACCUCCUCCUUAUUCUGCAGCUGAGAUCGGUGGUGGGGGCAGUGAAGCGCCUCUGGAGCUGCGGGGGUCCCUGGACUGCUGGGCCUGCUCGGUGCUGGUGACGGCUCAGAACCUGAUUAUUGCCACCAUCAACGCCUGCCUCGCUGGCCUGGUGUUCGGGACCAUUUUGACUCCGGCCAUUGUCAUGGUGGUGUUUGGCUUCCUCUGUCACUCUACA